ACAAUGGGUGUGUCACCCUUUUAAUUAUAAAUAGACGUUUACUGAAGCUGCAUCUUCCCAGAGAUCAAACCAGUUUGAAAACAUUCUGUCCAGCAGUAAAGGCACUCUUGAAACAUUGCCAUGGUACAUCUAAGCAACGCGGUUGCAAGCUUCACUUUGGAUAUCUACAAAGAAAUAAUCAAAAAAGCACCUGGAGAAAAUGUCUUCUUUUCACCAUUUAGCGUCUCACUUGCAAUGGGCAUGUUGGAUCUAGGAGCUAAAGGAAAAACAGCAGAUCAGAUUGAAACGGUGAUGCAUUUUAAGUCACCAGGACACGAGCAUGCAGAUAAAGGAGACUCAUCUUGUCAUAGGAGCGGGAAAGCUGGAGACACCCACAAAGAAUAUAAAGAACUUCUGACAAAUCUAAAUGCACCCCAGAGCCUUUAUGAAUUAAAUGUGGCAAACCGACUGUAUGGACAAAAAGGCUAUGAGUUUGUACAGGAAUUUUUAAGAAGCACCAAGGAGAUAUACCAAGCAAGUCUUGAAACGGUUGACUUCCAAAAGUCUACUGAAGAAGCCAGGAAGGAAAUUAAUGCAUGGGUUGAGAAACAAACAAAUGAAAAAAUCAAAGAUUUGUUCAAGCAAGGAUCCUUAGAUACAUCAACUGUUUUGGUUCUGGCAAGUGCAAUCUACUUUAAAGGAAAAUGGAGAUCACAGUUUAAGAUAGAGUUCACAAACAAUGCUCCUUUCUUUGUGAAUAAAAAUGAAAAGAAGACAGUUAGGAUGAUGUCUCAGACUGGUCAGUUCCAACUGACUGAUCUCACAGCAAUGAAAUGCAAAGUUCUCGAGCUUCCAUAUGAAGGAGAUUUAAGCAUGUUAAUCAUAUUACCAAAUGAAAUAGACGGAUUAUCAGAGAUUGAACCCAAGAUAACUGAUGAAAACGUUACUGAAAUACUAAAGCUGGAUGGCCCCAAAAUAACGGUUCACGUCUCUCUUCCUCACAUCAACAUUGCAAAGACGUACAACUUUAUUCCUUUGCUAGAGAAUCUGGGAAUUGUUGACCUCUUUACUAAUCAUGCUGAUUUAUCAGGGAUUUCUACCAAAGAUGCUCUAAAAGUGUCAGCAAUCGUCCACAUGGCCUAUGUAGAGGUCAAUGAAGAGGGUACGGUAGCAGCAGCUGCCACCGGUGUUGGUGUAUCUCUAACAAGUAUUCCUGUUAUACCGCAAUUUAAUGUAAACCACCCAUUCAUGUUUUUAAUAAGGCAUAUUCCAUCCAACCUUAUCUUCUUUAAAGGAAGAUACAUUUCUCCAUAAAUAUAAGAUGUUUGGUGACUCGAGUUAUGGUAUUAGUAAAAUAUAUGCUUACUGAUGCUUCAAUAUGCUUUGGUAUAUAAAUUUACAAUUUGGUCUCUUGAAAUAUAUUCAAUGCAUAAAUAAAAUGUUUUUCUCCUAGAA